UUUGGAUUUGAUUUGCAGAGUUUCUGAUUAAGUUUCUUUUACCUUUUGUCCUCUCUGUCCGGCCUGGAUCUUCAUCGAAAUUUGUUUUCUUUCUUUUUCUGUCGUGGAUAUAUUCCUCCACUGCUUGUAUGUGUCUUCUCUGAAACAUAAAGAACAACUUUUACAUUUUUUUCCCCCCUUUCUCUAUGGCUGCAUUGAGUGUCAUACAUACUUGGAGAGCAAACAUGGGUGUUGGAGUUAAAUCAAUUGGCGGAUAUAGAGAGAAGUAGCUUGAUAGGUUUGGAUCAAAUUUGUUAGACGGUUGAGCCAUGGCAGUAGAGAAUGGGACGAGGGGCGGCGGCAGCGGCGGUGAUGACAUAAAUGUGCAGGAAGAAGGCACGUCCAAAGUCAACGUAGAAGAAGCGCAGAAUACCCCUGAGAGAAAUGGAGAUGAACAAGAAGCCUCGGAGUCGGAGGCAGAGAAGAAGAAAACAGCUGAUCAGAAAGUUCCAUAUCUUAAGCUCUUCUCCUUCGCGGAUAGAACCGAUGUUUGGUUGAUGAUCUUCGGCAUCAUUGGCGCUGUUGGAAAUGGAUUGACUAUGCCCUAUAUGACUAUCCUUCUUGGUGAACUGAUUAAUGCCUUUGGAAGCAACCAAGACAACAACAAAGAGACAGUUGAUAAGGUUGCCAAGGUGGCUCUGAAAUUUGUGUACUUGGCAGUGGCGGCUCUUGUCGUAGCGUUUCUCCAGGUGGCUUGCUGGAUGGUUACAGGGGAGAGACAAGCUUCAAGACUCAGGGGUUUAUAUUUGAAAACAAUAUUAAGACAAGAUGUUGCUUUCUUUGACAAGGAAACCAAUACAGGAGAGGUCGUUGGCAGGAUGUCCGGCGACACCGUUCUCAUACAAGACGCCAUGGGAGAGAAGGUUGGGAAAUUUAUACAGUUGAUAGUCACAUUUAUUGGAGGAUUUUCAGUAGCGUUUUACAAAGGGUGGCUUCUCACCCUCGUUAUGAUGUCCUCUAUCCCUCUCAUGGUUAUUGCCGGCGCGUCCAUGGCUGUAUUCAUGACUAAGAUGGCGUCCCGCAGCCAAAAUGCUUAUGCAAAAGCAUCAACUGUUGUUGAGCAGACCAUUGGCUCCAUCAGAACAGUUGCAUCAUUCACCGGGGAGAAACAAGCAAUAUCAAAUUACACCAAAUUUCUUGUUAGCGCUUACAAAUCUGGUGUUUUUGAAGGCACAGCUGCUGGACUCGGUCUUGGCAUGAUUAUGUUGCUCGUCUUUUGCAGUUAUGCAUUGGCUAUAUGGUUUGGUUCUAAGAUGAUUAGAGAAAAAGGAUAUACUGGGGGUGAUGUUAUCAACGUUAUUGUUGCUGUCUUGACCGGAUCUAUGUCGCUGGGGCAGACAUCUCCUUGCCUGAGUGCAUUUGCUUCUGGUCAAGCUGCAGCAUUUAAGAUGUUUGAGACUAUCCAUAGGAAGCCAGAGAUUGAUGCUUAUGACGAUAGUGGAAAGAUAUUGGAAGAUAUUCGCGGAGAUAUUGAGUUAAGAGAGGUCAAUUUUAGUUAUCCAACAAGACCGGAGGAGCAAAUAUUCAGCGGAUUCUCGCUUUCUAUCCCCAGUGGCACCACUGCAGCUUUGGUCGGAGAGAGUGGAAGUGGCAAGUCCACGGUCAUUAGUCUCAUCGAGCGAUUCUACGAUCCACAAGCCGGUGAAGUUUUGAUAGAUGGCAUCAACUUGAAGGAGUUACAGCUUAGAUGGAUUCGAGGGAAAAUCGGUCUUGUCAGCCAGGAACCUGUGUUGUUUGCUUCCUCUAUUAAGGAAAACAUUGCGUACGGAAAGGAAGGCGCAACUCUUGAAGAGAUUAGAGCAGCGGCCGAACUCGCAAAUGCUGCUAAGUUCAUUGAUAAAUUACCUCAGGGACUUGAUACCAUGGUAGGCGAACACGGGACUCAGCUCUCUGGAGGUCAAAAACAGAGAGUUGCCAUAGCCAGAGCAAUUCUGAAAGACCCGCGGAUUUUGCUUCUUGAUGAAGCAACGAGUGCACUGGACGCAGAAUCCGAAAGGAUAGUGCAAGAAGCAUUAGACAGAAUUAUGGUCAACAGAACUACUGUCAUUGUUGCUCACCGUUUGAGCACUGUGAGGAAUGCUGAUAUGAUUGCCGUCAUCCAUAGAGGAAAGAUGGUUGAAAAGGGCUCACACUCGGAACUAGUCAAGGACCCCAACGGCGCUUACUCACAGCUUAUACGCUUGCAAGAAGUUAACAAGGAGACUAAACAAGUCAUCGGCGAUCAAAACAAAGCGGAGAUUACUUCUACGGAAUCCCUUAGACAAUCAAGCCAAAGAGGGUCAUUCAUGCGAUCUAUCAGUCGAGGAUCAUCUGUAGGAAAUAGCAGCCGCCACUCAUUUUCUGUCUCUUUUGGUCUACCUACCGGCAUCCAUGAUACUGCAUUGCCCGAUCCAGAAGCAACCCCUGCAAAAGCAGCGGAAGAUCUUCCAAAGAUCUCACUCCUCCGCCUCGCAGCUCUUAACAAGCCUGAGAUACUUGUGCUUCUGAUGGGAGCUGUGGCUGCAAUUGUUAAUGGGGUUAUAAUGCCAAUUUUCGGUCUGCUUCUUUCCACUGUCAUAAAGGUAUUGUAUGAGCCGGCUGAUGAGCAGGAGGAUGAUGCAAACUUUUGGUCCCUUAUGUUUGUAGUUCUUGGAAUUGUCGGAUUUCUGGCAAUCCCAGCAAGAGGCUACUUCUUUGCCGUUGCUGGGAACAAGUUAAUUCAACGCAUAAGAGUGAUGUGUUUUGAGAAAGUGGUGAACAUGGAAGUGGGAUGGUUUGAUGAGUCGGAUCAUUCGAGCGGUGUGAUUGGUUCAAGGCUCUCUGCUGAUGCAGCAUCUGUGCGCGCUCUAGUUGGAGAUGCACUUGGGCUGCUGGUUGAGAACAGUGCAUCAGCAUUGGCGGGUCUUAUUAUUGCCUUUCAAGCAUGUUGGCAGUUGGCUUUUAUCGUUCUCAUCUUGCUUCCUCUUAUUGGAGUCAAUGGAUAUGUUCAGAUUAAGUUCAUGAAAGGGUUCAGCGCAGAUGCAAAGGCGAUGUACGAGGAGGCGAGUCAAGUAGCAAAUGAUGCAGUGGGGAGCAUAAGAACAGUGUCUUCUUUCUGCGCGGAAGAGAAAGUGAUGGAGUUGUACAAAAAUAAAUGCGAAGGCCCCAAGAAAACAGGGAUAAGGCAAGGCUUGAUCAGUGGAAUUGGAUUUGGAGUAUCUUUCUUCUUGCUAUAUACCGUCUAUGCAACGAGUUUCUACGCCGGAUCUAAACUCAUGGAGGCUGGCAAGGCUACAUUUUCAGACGUUUUCAGGGUUUUCUUUGCUUUGACCUUGGCAGCUUUGGGCGUUUCUCAGUCAAGCUCAUUUGCUCCUGAUUCUGGCAAAGCCAGGUAUGCUGCGGCUUCCAUAUUCUCCCUAAUUGAUCGGAAGUCAAAGAUUGAUCCAAGCGAUGAGUCCGGAGAGACGAUAGAUGACGUCAGGGGAGAAAUUCAGUUACGACAUGUGAGCUUUACGUAUCCAUUAAGGCCGGAUGUCCAAGUUUUCAAAGAUCUCAGCUUAACUAUUCAUUCUGGCAAGACGGUUGCUCUUGUUGGAGAAAGCGGCAGUGGAAAAUCGACGGUGGUAGCACUGCUACAGAGAUUUUAUGACCCAGACGGAGGGCACAUAACACUAGACGGAGUAGAGAUUCAGAGAUUGAAACUCAAGUGGUUGAGGCAGCAAAUGGGGCUGGUGAGCCAAGAGCCAGUUUUGUUCAACGACGCUAUUCGCGCCAACAUUGCAUACGGCAAGGAAGGCAAUGCCACGGAGGCUGAGAUUUUGGAGGCCUCUGAGUUGGCCAAUGCCCACAAGUUCAUUAGUAGUCUACAACAGGGGUAUGACACGGCGGUGGGAGAACGAGGAGUGCAAUUGUCGGGAGGGCAGAAACAGAGGGUGGCAAUUGCAAGGGCAAUCGUGAAAAGCCCGAAGAUACUGUUGUUGGAUGAGGCGACGAGUGCGCUUGAUGCUGAGUCGGAGCGAGUGGUUCAAGAUGCACUCGAUAGAGUGAUGGUUAACCGUACCACCGUGGUAGUGGCUCAUCGGCUAUCCACCAUCAAGAAUGCCGAUGUUAUUGCGGUCGUCAAGAACGGUUUGAUCGUUGAAAAAGGCAGGCAUGAAACUUUGAUUAACAUCAAGGACGGCGUUUAUGCCUCUCUUGUUCAACUUCACACCAGUGCAUCCACUGUUUAAUUAGUCUGUCGUUUUCGUUUUUUAUCUCAUGCCAGAACUUGUUAAUUUUGAAUUUGUUUUUUUGUUGUAUCAAAAAUUAUGUAGUAAAAUACGCGUACUUAUUCUUGUAUCAUUUGUAAAUCUAUAUCUUCAACAACGGAAUAAUCAAUAAACGGCAUUAUUGGUGUCC